UUUUUUAAUUUCGCGCGUACAGAUUAGUGGGCGAUAGCUAUUGUUAUAAAGUUAAAGUUCUCUUAAAGAUAAUGAGUGAUGCCGAUAUGUUUUAUACAGAGAUAUUAGCCUCAGAAGCCAAUGCUUAGUACGCGUCAUUUACGAUAAGUGUCUGCGGGGAUAAACCCGUGUAAUCAAGUAUACAGUAAGGUUAUGUACCCGUUUGUUAGUAUAUGUCAGAUGACUUGAUCGAGAUAGUCUCCUCUCCUUUUUAAAAUAAAACUUGAUUUUGAUUUGUUUUCUCAUUGCAAAAUUGGUUGAAAAAAACUGCAUUUCAAGAUUAACGGACAAUGGCAGUUAUAUGGUGCGUAAUUUUACUUGGUGUAAUAUUAAAUAUUGAAGCGAAACCAUUUUGUAAAUUCGAUGAUGAGAGUUCGAGACAUUUGGAAUGUUCACCUGGUGAUACAGAUUAUGUAUUAGACAAAGGUCUCGUAUCUGACAAUCCUCGGACUAUUACUAUUCGACUUAGCAUUUGCAAGAUAUCAUCAUUGAGCAAUGAUUGUUUCGAAGGUCUUCCUAGAUUAGAAAGACUAGAUAUAGCUCAUAAUAAGCUUAGAACUCUACCAUUAGGAGUCCUAGAUAAAGUACCAAAGUUAACAUAUUUUAAUGCAUCGUAUAACAGAAUAAUAAAUUUACCAGUUGGUUUAUUUGAUAAUAUUCAAAAUCUAAUACAAUUAGAUUUAACUGGUAAUCAUUUAUAUGAAAUUAAUCCUGGAUUGAUAAAGAAAGCAAGUAUUUUAUAUCUGUCAAAGAAUUAUUUGCAAGGUAGAGAUAUACAUCCAAAUGUUUUUGAAAUAAGCGAUGUGAAUUUUCUUUUACUUAACGAAAAUGAUAUGAAUAGAGCUCCAGAUAAUAUGUUACGGACAUUAAGGGAACUUCUUUUUUUAAAUCUAGAUAAAUGUUCGUUAACAGAAGUACCAAAAUUUAUAACAACAAUAAAUUUAGAUACUGUAACACAUCUUACUAUGGCUGAUAACAAAAUAGUUGCAAUAAACGAACCUAUGUUCGACAAUCUUAAAGAUUUGGAAGUUUUAAAUCUGACUAUGAAUUUACUGGACAGUUUAAAUGAUAAUUUAUUCACAUCAUUGAAGAAAUUGAAAAAAAUCGAUUUAAGUAUGAAUAGAUUGAAAGUUAUAACGGAACAUCAAUUUCAGAAUACACCAGUUUUAAGUGAUGUUAAUUUAUCUUACAAUUUUAUUACGAUUUUACCAGUGAAUGCAUUCCGUGCAUCAGCAUUGAGUAAUCUGGAUAUAUCAAAUAACAGACUCACAUAUUUACAAGAUAAUUUUUGUUUGGAAUUAAAAAAUUCUGGAGCUGCAUUAAGAGAUUUUAAUUUUAGUAAAAAUCCAUGGCAAUGUGCGUGUUUACGUGAAUUGUUAAGAGAAGUGAAGACAAUGAAUUUGAAAUACGAUGAUGUUAAUUAUGACGGGAGUCGUCCAGUUUGUGUGAGUGCUGGUCAGUUUGUCUGCAAGAGACAAGUGUACGACAACCAAGUGUUUUUAGAUAUGUACGAUCUUAUUCACUAAGGACACUUUUAAAGUGAUUUAAAUUUUUGUUUAUGCAUUGACUUGUAUAUAAUGUUGACAAAGGUCAUCAUCAUCAAUGCCCUUAUCCCUAUCGAGGGUCGGCUCAGUAUGUACUACUC